AUGACACCGAACGUGUCCGAGCUGUUGUGGGAGGAGUCUUCGGGCGCAGACGCCUUACCGACGUCGGACCACCUUGGAGUCAACCCGCCCGCUCAACUGACAGCUUGGGGCGUUGCCCUCUGCGUGUCAGGCACCGUCAUCGCCGCAGAGAACGCCGUGGUGGUCACCACGAUCCUGGCCUCGCCGUCUCUGCGCGCACCCGUCUUCCUGCUGCUGGCGAGCCUCGGCCUGGCCGACCUUCUGGCAGGCGUGGCUCUGGUGGCCCGCUUCCUGUUCCUCUUCUGCCUAACGCCCAGCGAUUGGUCCGAGCUGGUGACGUCAGGUCUCCUGGUGACUUCGUUGACCGCCUCUCUGUGCAGCUUGAUGGGCGUCGCCCUGGAUCGCUACCUCUCUCUAAGCCACGCCCUCACGUACGGCUCAGGGCAAUCCCGUCGGCGUGCAACUAUUCUACUCCUCCUGGUGUGGGCGGGCGCUUGCAUCCUGGGUGCCAUCCCCGCCGCCGGUUGGAACUGCUUGGCCAAACAGACUUCCUGCUCGGUGGCGCCGCCCCUUACUCGGACGUACCUGUCGCUACUCUGCGGCGGCUACCUGGUGGUGGUGCUCGUCACUUUGCAACUGUACGUAGGCAUCUGCCGGGUAGCGCGGCGCCACGCGCACGCCAUCGCCAUCCAGAGGCACUUCCUGCCCUCCAGCCAAUCGUAUCCCGGCAAGAGCGCCGGCGGUCGAGGGUUCUCGCGGUUGGUGCUCAUUCUGGGAGUCUUCGUGGGUUGCUGGAUGCCUUUCUCACUAUGGGGGCUGCUGGGCGACGCGUCCAGCCCGCCGCUGUUUACGUACAUCACCCUGGCGCCCGCUGCCUUUAGCUCUUUGCUAAACCCUCUGCUCUACAGUUUGAGAAACAAAGACAUACGCAAAGUUCUGCUGCACGCCUGCUGCCCCCGCAGACACGCCGCCCAACUGCACUGCCCGGUGGAUGUGUAG